AUGACAAAUAUUCGAAACUUCAUAGCUUCAGUUCGUCAAUCUAUCAAGUCUGACAAAAGGGACAGUUUAACAUUGCAGUUUGUCAACAAUACUGAAUUAGAAAUCCGAAAAAUUGAAAGGUUGCUUCGAAAUAAUUCUCGCCAAAUACCUGCUGAAAUGAUAAUAUCUCAACAUGAAACAUUGAGGAUAACUCUGGCAAAAAUUAAACAGAGCUAUGAAAACCAGAAGAAGGAAAUUUCAAAACAAUGGGAUGAAGAAAAUGCAAAUCUUCAAAACUUUAUUGCCACAGUUCGACAAUCUAUCGAAACAGACGAAGUUGAUAGUUUAACAUUGCAGUUUGUCAGCGAUACCAAAUCAGAAGUUCGAAAAGUUGAAAGAUGGCUCAACACUUAUUCUCGACAAAUACCUGCUGAAAUGAUUAUAUCUCAACACGAAACAUUGAAGGCAACUCUGGAAGAAAUCAAACAGAGCUAUGAAAACCAGAAAAAGGAAAAUGAAAAAAGAUGGAAUGACGAAUAUGCAAAUCUCCGCAACUAUAUCAGAUCAGUGCGCCAAACAAUAACUGGUGACCAGAAGGACAAAUUAAAAUCAAGAUUCAUUAAUGCUGUAAAUAACGAAUGUGAUAAGGCAGAAGAGUGGCUUCAAGCUAAUUCGAUUGAUAUUACUAUUGACAUGAUUAUAUCCACAAGAACCGAAUUGAGACUGAGCAUUGAAAAAUUCAAGCUGGAAUUUAAAAAAUCGAAGACGACGAAAAAAGAGGAAGAAAAACGACGCCAUAAAGCAUACGAUGAGUUAAACUCUUACAUACAGCGAGUGGUUGACUAUGUUGAUUCCGAAAUAGGAAAGAAUUAUUUAUCUGAUCAAUAUUUUGAAAAAAUGAAGCAGAAGAGUUUGGAGUUGAAAACAUGGAUUAACACUCAAUACUUUGAUAUCGACCCAGAGGAAAUAUAUUCAAAAACAGAUAGACUGAAGAUGGAUGUCAAAAAUAUUCUUAAUGACUUAAAUGAAAGAAAAAAGACUGAUGAGACUGAAAAAUUAUCCACUAUCAAAAAGGAAACAGCUAUCAACAAUUUCACAAAUUGUAUAUCUGAUGUUGAAACUUGGCGAUUUUUCGAUCCGUAUACACUAAAGUUGACUUUGUCUGAUAAAAGAAAAAUUGAAGAAAGAUGCAAAUAUUGGAAUCAGUGGCUCUCUGAAUCUUCCAGAAAUUUUUCACUGGAUCACAUAGAGGCAUAUCACACUGAAUUUGAAGAGCUUGCUCAAAUGGUUCUUAGAAGAUUACGUGAACGACAGCGGAUCGCCGGAAGGAAGCAAAGACGAAAAUCAUUAAAAGAAGCAGCAGAAAAUCUUGAAAGUUAUAUCGAAGAUGUUAAACAAUUUUUGUGGUCAGAGAAAUAUAAAGAUUUGAUUUCGGAAAAUGACAAAAAGUGGAUUUAUAACGCGUGCUAUCAGGCAGAUGUAAUGGUUUCAAAUUACCAGAGUUACGGAUUAGCGGAUAUAGUAAGCAGUCACAUAGAAUUACAGGAAUCUGUAUCUAAAUUAUGUGACGAAUUGAAUCAGAAGAAAAUGGUACAAAUAGAAACAGAAAGAAGACGACGUCACGAUGCCAAAGUAAAAGUCUACAAUUACAUAAAACAUGUCAGAUCCGUUUUGACUCCAAAUAGAUGCAAUAGGAAAAAAGUACCACAAUCUCUGACAUAUUGUGAGGAAGCUGAAAGGUGGCUCCAUGUUUAUCGUGCUACUCUAUCAGCAGAAGACAUUAUAGAAAUUUAUGAAAAUAUUUCCACAUAUUUUGAAAAUGAUUGUCGCAAACAUCACAUAAAGUUUCAGAGAACAACGGGAAAAAAAAUAUUUCUCAAAACCAUGAACACAUUGAACAAAACAAAUCGAUUGAGAAGGUUCAAGAGUUCACUCACAAAAUGAGAAAUGUAAUUAGAAAUGAACGAGCAAUGACUAGAUCGGAAAAAGAAAAAUUAU